CAGAGCGUAACGGGGAGCGGAGCAGGGGUGCCCCUCCCUCAGCAUUGAGUACAACGCGAGGAAGCGGAACAGUGUGAAGUUAUCACUCAUCAUGGGCAGUUUGGUGUGACUCGGGUAUGAGUUUGAAGCGUGGGCCCUGCCUUUGGACCCCGAUCCCUCAGAGUGGCCCCGUGCCCUGCGACCGCUACAAGCACAGCUGCUGCGCUCACGGGGACAGCGUCUACCUGCUGGGGGGCCGGGGGAAGAGUCUGCUCAGCGACUUCUGGAGGUACAACGUCGUGCGUAAUGAGUGGACAGAGCUGGACUGCAGCUGUGAAAAUGCCCCUGAGGAAACAGAAGAGCACUCCAUGGUGAACUAUCAGGGGCUGCUGUUCAUCUUCGGAGGAAUGAUAGAUUCGGGGUACUCUGGCAACAAGACCCCCCUCUGGGUGUACGAUACAGAUAAGGAAGAGUGGCUGUGUUGGCAGGGGAAGAACACUCAGAAGCUGGCGCCGGUCAACAGGAAAGGACACAGUGCGGUUGUGUUUGAGUCUUCCAUGUACAUAUACGGCGGCUACAUUGACAUGAAAGGCCCGUCUCAGGAGUUCUGGAGGUUAGAUUUUGACACUGAGGCGUGGUCAGACCUGACCCCGGAUGAGGCGGGCCCCGGGCCCCGGCACGGACACUCUGCGGCGACGCACCAGGACUGCAUGUACCUGUUCGGGGGCCUGACAGGCCUUCGGGAGCAGAGCGACUUGUGGAGGUGGAGCUUCUCCACUCACUCCUGGAGCUCCAUCCGGUCCCUCUCCGGACCCUCCAAGCUGGUGGGCCACUCUGCCGUGGUGUACCAGGACAACAUGCUGCUGUUUGGGGGUGGCGCGGCCCAGAGCCCCUCCAGGAACGGCCUGUGGAGGUUCAGCUUCCCCACCCAGGUGUGGGAGCGGCUGGCCGCCAUUACCGCCAGCUCGCCGCCCUGCAAGAUGCACCACUGCAUCGCCGGACUGGGCCCCAGCUACCGGCCCCAGCCCCAGAGCAGCCACACGCCCCCAGGGGAGGGCCCUCUGGGCCGGCCCAGGCCCGCGGGCGCCAAGCUCCGGCCCUUUAAGAACAGGUGUUUCCCCACGGAGGGCAGCAUCGAGCUGGAGACCUUCUGCGUGGAGAACCGGCACGGCGCCCCUCCACACGCAGACACCCGCAUCCACCCGGCAUCUCUGAAAGGGAGCUGCCUCACUUUUGAGAACCAGGAAGCAUUCGGCAAAGGGUGCGACUGUGAGGACGGCUCCAGUGCCGAGGACGUGACCUUUCACCUGCCGGACCUGCUGCUGGUCUUGGGAGGCAGACCCAUGGGUGCCAACCCCGGAAUUUCCAUGUGGCAGCUGACACUGAGUGACCUUUGACCUCCGACCUCAGCUAGCUGCCUUCCGUUACCGGGGUCGGGGAUUUCCUAAUGGACACUGCAGAGAGAGGAAAAGUGUGGCUGUAGACUGUUAUGGAGGGAGCAGUGGUGUUUUAAUUACACACUUUUGACUUCUUCACGCUUUCCUUUGGGAUCCAACGUGAGAGACAUUCUUCAGAUUAAAAGUGUUUGCAAUUCACUGCUGCUCAUUUCAAGAUUCAGAUUUUCUCAUUGUUUUUACUAAUUCGUUUUGUAUCUGUUUUAAAGCGAAUAAGCAAUAUUACAGAGGAGCUUUGGAGAAAAAUGGAUGGCAAAAAAAUGAAUGUUAUAUUAGCUAGAUAUAUUUUUUAAUAAAUAAUUGUAAAGGGUUUUUAUGA